AUGGCUCCUGUUUCUACGGGCUACGCGCCCGAUCUUGAGAAGUACCUCCGGUCCCUCAAGGGCCAAGCAUUGGAAGCCUCUGUUGAGAGCCUCGUCUCCCUCCUAAAGCGACGCCAGAUCAAGGGCUCCGAGCCUUGCGCCGUUGCUACCGCACACAUCCUACUUCAGGUCGUCGCCCGAUCAAAAUGGUUCAACGUCGAUACCUUGAUUGAUAAUGUCUCUCGUAUCGGCCGUCGACUGGUGGAGGCCCAGCCCAAGGAACUCGUGAUUGCCAAUAUCGUGCGCCGAGUUUUGGGUCUUAUUCGUGACGAAGCCGCUGAGGAUAGAAAUGAGGGUGCUAGUGAAACCCCCAGUGAGGCCCAGAUGACACCGACCGAUGCCGUGCCAAACCCAGAUGCCCUUUCCCACCAGUGGCCGCCUUCGACAUACGGCAAGCAAGACUCUGCCGGCGACUAUAUCACCAACAGUGCCAAACCUCCUCCUGCCCGACCUGGUCCGUUGUCCUCAUACAGCUCUGUCAACGUUCCCAAGACGCUCUUCCACCUCCUUUCAGUAUCUUCCCCCAACGAUUUCACGACCAGUAGCCAAGGGUCUCCUGUCGGACUCUCAGGGUCAUCUACUCCCGCAUGGAAGGUUCCUUCUGCUCAGGUUCACGCUUUAAGAUCCGAGGUCAUUGAUGGCAUUGAGGAGAUCAAGGACGAGAUUAGCCAAGUGGAUGACCAGAUUGCGUCCCUGGCCGAGGUCCAGAUUCACCCUGGCGACUACGUGCUUGUUCACCAACCCUCGCCCACAGUCGAACGAUUCAUCCUGCGCGCGGCCAUGAAGCGAAGAUUUACAGUCCUCAUCGCUACCGAACCCCCCAAGAAGCAGACUACUGAAGUUCAGCACGCUGGUUUCCGAAAGAAGCUCGCAUCUGCCGGUAUCACAGUGAUCAGCAUUAUGAACGGAGGGUUGAUGGCCUACAUGUCUCGCGUGGACAAGGUCAUCCUCGGCGCCAGGUCUAUUGUGGCUAACGGUGGUAUUGUCGCCGAUGCCGGCGCUGCAGCAGUCGCCCGAGCUGCCAAGGAGCAAGGAAAUGCAGUCAUCGUUCUCGGCGGUGUGUACAAGCUCAGCCCAGAGAACCCAUUCAACGAGGAGUCGUUGAUCGAGUGGGGAGACUCUGCCAGCUUUGUUAACUUUGCGGAUGGACACAUGGUGAACAGUGUCGAAGUGCGAACUGCCAUUACAGAGCUCGUGCCUCCAGAGCUGAUCGACACAUACAUCACCAACCUGGGAACACACUCAAGAGAUCAUCUCUCAAGUCUUAUCGCAGACCACUACAAGCAGGAAGAUGUCGACUUUCACCUGUGGAGCGGAUGA